AUGGCCGAGUCAGAUCCAGAGCCAAUAUCAGCUGCAUCUACAGCGUCUACAAGUCUAUCUACAGGUAUUACUACUGCUGCUACUACUGCUACUGCUGAAGUGAUGGCCCCCCUCCUGCCCGAGCCUUCGCCGUUCCUCGCGCCUCCCCCUCUGAUCGGCACCUCCUCCUGCCCGUCCAUAAUCCACCUCAAGCGCGACCUGCUCAUCCCCGUCUCCUUCGCGCCGUCCACUUCCACCCCCUCCGCCUCCACCACCACCGCCGAACGCUCCUCCCGCUCCGGCGCCCGCUCAGCAGACGGCAUCCUCAACACCCGCUUCGGCGACUUCCCCCACGACACGCUCACCAACAUCCCCUACGGUUCCCAAGUGCGCGCCACCGGACCUGGCCACAAGCGCAAGCGCAGCGGCGUACCCACCGACAGCGGCUUCCUGCAUAUCCUCGCCCCCACCGCAGAGCUAUGGACAACCUCCCUCCCCCACCGCACGCAGGUCGUCUACACCCCCGACAGCGCCUUCGUUCUGCACAAGCUGUGCGUGCGCCCCGGUAGCGUGAUUCUCGAGGCCGGUGCCGGCAGCGGCUCUUUCACACACGCCGCCGUCCGCGCCGUCUACGGCGGCUACCCCGACGGGCGUGAGGAUGGCGGGAACAUCAGCAAGGGCCGCAAGGGCCGCGUGUGGAGCUUCGAGUACCAUGAAGAGCGGGUUGAGAAGCUGCGCGACGAGAUUGGCCGCCAUGGCCUCGACGGCCUGGUCGACAUCGUGCACAGGGACGUGUGUAAAGACGGGUUCCUCGUUGGCGACGGCAACGGGGUGAGCCCUGGUGCUACGGCUAUCUUUCUGGAUCUGCCGGCGCCAUGGCUGGCGCUGCCGCAUCUGACGAGACGGAUGCAUGCUACGCCGCCGCUCCCUACACGGACGGGGCUCACGCCGACGCCGUCUCCGGGACCGGUCACGGAGCCGACUACGCCUGCACCGGAGACGACGAAUCCCGCGAUCCCGUCGGCGCUGUCGAUGACGGAGACCGUCCGCAUAUGUACGUUCUCGCCCUGUAUCGAGCAGGUGACGCGCACGGUGUCAGUGCUGCGGAAGCUAGGCUGGGUCGAGGUCGAGAUGUACGAGAUCCAGCACCGGCACCUCGAGGUGCGUCGAGCCCAGCGUAAGAGCUACACCGACGGCGCAGGACCCCGGAACGUCGACGAGGCACUGAAGCGCCUGCAGUGGAUGAACGACUACCGUGUGCGGCGGCAGGAGCAGGAUCUCCAUGGCGAGGGGGUAAAUGCUGAGGAGGCGGCGUCGCGGGAGAUGGAUAUGGAGGGAAUUACGGAGGGGCGAUUGGUCACGAGGGGUGAGCAGGAGAUUAAGACGCAUACCAGCUAUCUGGUAUUUGCGGUACUGCCGAGGGAGUGGACUGAGGAGGACGAGAGGGCGGCGGCGGAGACGGUGCGGUCUACCACGAGGGGGCUGGUGGAUGCGCCGGUUGUGGGGCCGGGUGAGAUGUGGAAGUGGACGGGCGAGAAGCAGACGCCGAAGGUGUCGAAGAGACAGAUGAAAAAGAUGGAGAAGGAGGCGAGGAAGGCGAAGGAAGCUGGUGGAGAAAAGGCAGAAGAGGCGCCCAAGGCGGAAGAAGACGAGGAUGAGGAGGCAAAGAAGGAAAGCGAUGGGAUGGAGGUCGAUGCCUAA